AUGAUUCCCGACAAACAAAUCCCAACGACGGCGUUUGUUGUGGAAAAACCAGGGGCGCCGUUCGUUCUUCAAGAUAUCAUCCUCGAUGAGGUCCGAGCAAACGAGGUACUGGUGGAGAUGAAGUAUACCGGCCUGUGCCAUACAGAUAUUGUUGUUCAGCAAGGCGAUUUCCCCGUCGGUGAAUACCCAGCCGUGCUGGGCCACGAAGGCGCUGGUAUUGUGCGCCGCGUGGGUGGGGACGUCAAAGACAAGUCUCUCAAAGAGGGCGAUCUCGUCUUCCUGAGCUUUAGUGCUUGCAGUAAAGAGACCUGCUCGGCCUGCAGCGAAGGUCGACAUGGUUUCUGUGGCCAGAAUACAGUCAUCAAUUUUGUCGGUGCUCGUGGCCUCCAUGCUUCUGAUUCCCCCAUCUCACUUCCUGGUGGAAAGGGCCCUGUUCGGGGUCAAUUCUUCGGCCAAUCCUCUAUGAGCAAGCUUGCUGUGGUUGAUGAGCGUUCGGUCGUUAAGUCUCCUCCUGCAUCUGGAAUCACGGUCGAAGACAUGGCUUUUCUGGCUCCCCUAGGCUGUGGGUAUCUCACCGGCGCUGGUACUGUCUUUAAUGUACUAAAACCUAAGGCUGGGAGUACAUUUGUCGUGUUUGGGAUGGGCGCCGUCGGUCUGGCCGCGAUGCUUGCUGCGCAAUCUCGGGGCGUGGAAACAGUCAUUGCUGUGGAUAUUGUCGAUACUAAGCUUGAGUUGGCAAAUUCUCUGGGUGCAUCGCAUACACUCAACACAAAAGGCAUAUCUGAUGUCUCACAAGCUCUUCUUGAGUUAUUCCCGGAUGGUGUUGAUUGUGUACUCGAUACUACCGGCGUUGUGCCUUUGCUUGAAGCUGGUGUGAAGGCACUGGGUCAUGAAGGCAUCCUCGCUAUAGUGGGUGUGACUCCGCUUAAUUCGACUAUGAAAAUUGACCCUUUGGCACUCAUGACUGGCUGCAAACGCAUUGUUGGCGCAAUCGAGGGCUGUGCCAAUCCUGCUUUGAUUGUCCCGGAACUGAUUGAUCUGUACAAGCAAGGCAAAUUUCCAGUCGACAAUUUUGCUAGGAUCUAUACUCCAGAUGCACUUGAACAAGCUAUGUCGGAUCUACGCUCUGGAAACGUUAUUAAGCCCAUAAUAAAGUGGUCAGAUCUAUAA